AUGAACGCCAAGGAAGAGGAAGGGCUUCUUGCCCGAAUCCAGUCCAACACUUCAAGUAGCUCCGACCACGAGGACGACUUGCUCGCCUACGAACUCGACGACCUCGACGAACCAACACUGCUCCCUGCCGUCUCAAAUACACGGCACUGGCACUUCUUUUCCAGACGACCAGGUCAUGGUCGCGGCGGCUCUGGCUCCUCCUUCCUCACUAAUCAUACUCGUCGACGGCGAUCGUUACUCUGCCGUGCAAUACAGGCGGCAUACCUCGUCGCCUUACUUAUCCCCGCGUUAAUCCUCGGCUGCGGCGUCUUCUUCCCGUCAUAUUCGUACCCACCACAGCGGUACCUGGAAUUGAGAGAUCGGGUGCAAGAGCUAGGGUUGACCGCCAAUGUGAACAACGAGAAGGUCUUCAUUGCGGCUAGCUUAUUGGACAAGCACGGGGAGCUGUUAUCUGGAGAUUGGGCGAGAUCGGUCCUUGGCUUGGUGGACAUCUUGGGCAAGGACAAUGUGUUCUUGAGCAUCUAUGAGGACGAUCCAUCGCAAGAGGCGCAGGCCGCUCUCGACGAGUUCGCGAAAAAUGUUACAUGCCAGCAUCAGCUGCUUGCCGAGAAGCUGGAUAAGGCCAAACUGCCGCAUGUACCGACUCCACACGGCGACGUACGCCUGAAGCGGAUCGAGUUCCUGGCCACUGUUCGCAAUCGCGCCUUGCAACCUUUACAGGACCCGCAUUCUCCGGCGUACAGCACCAAGUUCGAUAAGCUGCUUUACCUUAAUGAUGUAAUGUUCGAUCCAAUCGAUGCCGCAAACCUACUGUUCUCGACGAAUGCCAACGAAGAGACGGGGAGGACGCAGUAUAGAGCUGCUUGCGCCUUGGACUUUAUCGAUCCGGUCAAGUUCUACGAUACGUUUGCGAGCCGAGACACGGAAGGGUACGGGAUGGGUGUGCCCAUCUACCCGUGGUUCGCUGCUUCUGGCGCGGCCGAGAGUAGAAGAGAUGUGUUGGAGCAGAAGGAUGCGGUUAGGGUCAAGGCAUGUUGGGGAGGCAUGGUUGCAUUUGAAGCGAAGUGGUUUCAGAAGCACGCUCAUCAGGAUGGCGGGGACGAAGUUGCAUCCACAUCGAUACCCUCUGAGGAGGACGAUGAGGAGGAGGACUUCCACACCGACAUGCCACGAGUACCUGCCUCCCACGAUGCGCACGAUAAUCCUUCUCUACACUUCCGCGCGGAGACUGACACAUACUGGGACGCUUCCGAAUGCUGCCUCAUCCACGCCGAUCUCUCCAACAUGGACCCGGAUCUGCUUGAAGCGAACGAAACGGGCAUCUUCAUGAACCCCUACAUCCGAGUGUCCUACGAUUCCUGGGUUCUCCCCUGGCUCUCCUUUACCCGUCGCUUCGAGCGUCUCUACACUCCCUUACAUUCCAUCGUCAGCACCAUUGCAGGCAUGCCCUUCUACAACGAACGACGGGCUCAACAGCCUGGGGAGGAAGUCGUUGAUAAAGUCUGGGUCUGGGACGCAGAGACUCUGACGAAGUUGCAGGCAGGGACUGUAAAGUCGUCGAGUGAUAUGGUGGGUAGCUUCCACGAGAUCCACAGGACUGCGCAGCCGGGAGGCUUCUGCGGGCUGAGGAAACUGCUGUAUAUCAAUGAGCAUGCUGCUGAGGGCGAGAGGAAGUGGGGGAAGGAGAAGGCCCCGAGAUUCGACUGA